GAGCUCGGGCAGCUUCCUUCUUGGAGAGCAUCGUGCUGCGCUCCUCCCUGAGCGAGCUCCUUGGGGAAGGAGAAAUCCGCCUUCCCUGGGGGGGAAGCCGAACCUCAUCCCGCUACCUGCUCGUGCGUCCCGGGGGAUGCGCUGUGCCCCCGAGGACCAGCCCUGGGAGCGCCGUUCUGCUCCUCAGGGGGCUGACUCUGCGGGCUGCUCUUCCCAUGGGCGGCUGGAAUUACUCGGGUGUGUGCCGGGUGCCAAAACGCAGCCGAGCGCGGCUCCCGGAGGAGAGGCUGCUUUGCCUGCUGGGGAAGGAGGCUGGAGCCAUGCUCUGCAGCUCCAGUUGCUGUGGUAUCCAGGGAGCCCUCCUCCUGCCGCGGGAGAUGCACGCCGGGCGUUGCUAAGGUUGCCUCCGCGGUAACAUGCGCAUCCUGUUUACACCUGCAUCCGGAGGAGAAGGGCUCGGCUAGAGGCACCGCUGCGCCCGGGCAGCCCCCAGGGACCCCCGCGGGGCCGCCCCCAGCUCCCUCCCCAAAAAGCCGCAGCCUCGCGGCCGGCCCCUGCGUCCCGGCGCCCCGCGGCGCCGCUGCCGCCGGGUCGAGAUGACGAACAACGUGGCCGACCACCACCCCGGGAACUCGGUCGCCGAAGGCAACCAUGAGGGGGACUUUGGGUGCUCCGUGGUGGAGCUCAGGAACCUCAUGGAGCUGAGGAGCGCCGAGGCGGUCGCCCGGCUGAACGACUCCUACGGCGGCGUGCACAACGUCUGCAAGAGGCUGAAGACGUCGCCCGUCGAAGGUCUGUCCGGGAACCCGACCGACCUGGAGAAGAGGAGGCAGGUGUUCGGCCAGAACUUCAUUCCCCCCAAGAAGGCCAAGACGUUCCUGCAGUUAGUGUGGGAGGCGCUGCAGGACGUCACGCUGAUCAUCUUGGAAAUAGCAGCCAUAAUCUCCCUAGGCCUGUCCUUCUACCACCCCCCAGGCGGUGACAAUGAACUGUGCGGGCAGUCGUCGGGCGGUGUGGAGGACGAGGGCGAGUCGCAGGCCGGCUGGAUCGAAGGGGCGGCCAUCUUGUUCUCGGUCAUCAUCGUGGUGCUGGUGACCGCCUUCAACGACUGGAGCAAAGAGAAGCAAUUCCGGGGCCUCCAGAGCCGCAUCGAGCAGGAGCAGAAGUUCACGGUCAUCCGCAAGGGGCAGGUGAUUCAGAUCCCUGUGGCCGAGAUCGUGGUGGGAGACAUCGCGCAGAUCAAAUACGGUGACCUCUUGCCAUCAGACGGGAUCCUGAUCCAAGGGAAUGACCUGAAAAUAGAUGAGAGCUCGCUGACCGGGGAGUCUGACCAGGUCAAGAAGUCUCUCGAUAAAGACCCCAUGCUGCUGUCAGGUACCCAUGUGAUGGAGGGCUCCGGGCGGAUGGUGGUGACCGCCGUGGGGAUCAACUCCCAGACGGGAAUCAUCUUCACUCUCUUGGGGGCAGGAGAAGGAGAUGAGGAGAAGAAGGUGAAGAAAGGUAAAAAAACCGGAGCCCCCGAAAAUCGCAACAAAGCUAAAACUCAGGAUGGUGUGGCCUUAGAGAUCCAACCCCUGAAGAGCCAGGAAGGGGUGGAAAAUGAGGAGAAGGAGAAGAAGAAGGUGAAGGUGCCCAAGAAGGAGAAGUCUGUGCUGCAAGGGAAGCUGACGCGCCUGGCGGUCCAGAUCGGGAAGGCAGGGCUGAUCAUGUCGGCCAUCACGGUCAUCAUCUUGGUGCUGUACUUCGUCAUUGACACCUUUGGGGUGCAGGGCCGGCCCUGGCUGGCGGAGUGCACCCCCAUUUACAUCCAGUACUUUGUCAAGUUCUUCAUCAUCGGCGUCACCGUGUUGGUGGUGGCCGUGCCUGAGGGGCUUCCGCUGGCCGUCACCAUCUCCCUGGCCUACUCCGUGAAGAAAAUGAUGAAGGACAACAACCUGGUGAGACAUCUCGACGCGUGCGAGACCAUGGGGAACGCCACCGCCAUCUGCUCGGAUAAGACAGGCACGCUCACCAUGAACCGCAUGACCGUGGUGCAGGCCUACGUGGGGGACACCCACUACCGCCAGAUCCCCGACCCCGAAGCCAUCCUGCCCAAGAUCCUGGACCUCAUUGUCAACGGUGUCGCCAUCAACUCUGCCUACACAUCCAAGAUCUUGCCACCAGAGAAGGAAGGGGGGCUACCCCGGCAAGUGGGGAACAAGACGGAGUGCGCCCUGCUGGGUUUCGUGCUGGACCUGAAGCAGGACUACCAGGUGGUGCGCAACGAGGUGCCAGAGGAGAAGCUCUACAAGGUCUACACCUUCAACUCGGUGCGCAAGUCCAUGAGCACGGUGCUGAAGAACGGCAACGGCGGCUUCCGCAUGUACAGCAAGGGAGCCUCCGAGAUCAUCCUCCGCAAGUGCACCAAGAUCCUGGACAAGAACGGUGACCCCCGGGUGUUCAAGACAAAGGACCGGGAUGAGAUGGUGAAGAAGGUGAUCGAGCCCAUGGCGUGCCACGGGCUGCGGACCAUCUGCCUGGCCUUCCGCGACUUCCCCGCCGAUGCCGAGCCCGACUGGGACAGCGAGAACGAGAUCCUGUCUGACCUGACCUGCAUCGCUGUGGUCGGGAUAGAGGACCCUGUGCGGCCAGAGGUGCCCGAUGCCAUCCUGAAGUGCCAGCGCGCAGGCAUCACCGUCCGCAUGGUGACAGGGGACAACAUCAACACCGCCCGCGCCAUCGCCACCAAGUGCGGCAUCCUGCUGCCGGGGGAGGACUUCUUGUGCCUGGAGGGGAAGGAGUUCAACCGGCUCAUCCGCAACGAGAAGGGCGAGGUGGAACAGGAGCAGCUGGACAAGAUCUGGCCCAAGUUGCGCGUGCUGGCCCGCUCCUCCCCGACGGAUAAGCACACGCUUGUCAAAGGAAUCAUCGACAGCACCGUUGGUGACCAGAGGCAGGUCGUGGCCGUCACCGGGGAUGGGACCAACGAUGGCCCAGCGCUGAAGAAAGCUGACGUUGGGUUUGCCAUGGGCAUCGCAGGCACCGACGUGGCGAAGGAGGCUUCGGACAUCAUCCUGACGGACGACAACUUCACCAGCAUCGUCAAGGCGGUGAUGUGGGGCCGCAAUGUCUAUGACAGCAUCUCCAAGUUCCUGCAGUUCCAGCUGACCGUCAACGUCGUGGCCGUCAUCGUGGCUUUCACAGGCGCCUGCAUCACGCAGGACUCCCCCCUGAAGGCCGUGCAGAUGCUGUGGGUGAACCUGAUCAUGGACACCUUCGCCUCCUUAGCCCUGGCCACCGAGCCCCCCUCUGAGUCCUUGCUGCUCCGCAAGCCCUAUGGCCGCAACAAGCCGCUCAUCUCCCGCACCAUGAUGAAGAACAUCCUGGGGCAUGCCGUCUACCAGCUCACUAUCAUUUUCACGCUGCUUUUUGUGGGGGAGAAGCUGUUUGACAUCGACAGCGGCCGCAACGCCCCGCUCCACUCCCCACCCACUGAGCACUACACCAUCGUCUUCAACACCUUCGUCAUGAUGCAGCUCUUCAACGAGAUCAACGCGCGCAAGAUCCACGGGGAGAGGAACGUCUUCGAGGCCAUCUAUCGCAACCCCAUCUUCUGCACGGUGGUGCUGGGGACUUUUGUAGCCCAGAUCAUCAUUGUGGAGUUUGGUGGGAAGCCCUUCAGCUGCUCUGGGCUCACCCUGAGCCAGUGGUUCUGGUGUAUUUUUAUUGGAGUGGGAGAGCUCCUCUGGGGCCAGCUGAUCUGCACCGUCCCGACCAGCCACCUGAAGUUCCUGAAGGAAGCCGGCCACGGCAUCACCAAGGAGGAGAUCCCAGAGGAGGAGCUGCCCGAGGAUGUGGAUGAGAUCGACCACGCGGAGAUGGAGCUGCGGCGGGGGCAGAUCCUGUGGUUCAGGGGCCUCAACAGGAUACAGACGCAGAUCAAAGUGGUGAAUGCGUUCCGUAGCUCCUUGUACGAAGGCCUCGAGAAACCCGAGUCCAGAAGCUCCAUCCAUAACUUCAUGACUCACCCAGAGUUCAUCCUGGAGGAAGACGAGCCUCGAACACCAUUCCUUGACAGCGCUGAAGACGACCCCGAGACCGACGGACUCAAAAAGCGAGGUGGGGAUAGCCUGGGUGGAUCGACAUCCCUCAACAGAAAUAACAAUGCAGUGGACAGCGAUCAAACCGAGGUCACCUUCCCGGAGCCCGAAAGCCCCUUACACAGCUUGGAGACAUCGGUUUGACCUUAGAACUUCGACCCCCUCCUCCUCCUCCUCCUCCACCUUCGCCCCGCGCCCUGUGUGAUGUUGGCACCAGUAACUGAUCACACACUGCGGUCACUUCGUGUCAAACUGCUCAUACGUAUAUCAUUUCGGGGAUUUUUGUUUUUUUUUUUCUUAUUUUUUUUUUUUUAAACGAUUAUUUAGCUGUGGGAACCGGAGUACCACGAUGCUGGGUGUCGGGAGAGGGGCUACGCCAAAAUUUUGUGCAUCUUCAUCCCUAAUUUUCAGUGGUACUCGCCCAAGUGAAACAGCCAGGUCAUUUCCUCUCCAGGAGUUGGGCUCCAUGCGUCCGUAGGGGGGUUUUCACUUUGAAAAAAUGCAUGUUCAAAGAAAAGUUCAAAUUGUUGUAGUCUUACAUGCACGCUCCCUGCCCGAGGGCUGUGGGCUGCACUUCUGACUUUUAUUUUUCCACUUGUGGUUUUUAAGGUUUUCUUCUAAUGUUGGGGUUUGUUCUUUGCUUGUGGGAUUUGCCCCCGGUAACUUCACAGUGGGAAGUGGGGGAGUUAGCACUGUAGUGCGACAAGUUGAAAAAAAAAAAUAAUAAAAAAGCAAACAAACAGCCAGGAGGAAGGUGUUUACUCGCAGGUUGAUAGAUACAGGGAUGUACACCAGUCUUCCACCUUGAAAAAAUGGUACCUAGCCUUUACAGCUCCUCCUCUGCGUGCGCACACGUUUCUCUCUGUUUCCAAAGCAGUGACUGGUAGAUGAGGAAUGAAAGUGACUCGGCUGUAGCCAUGAAAGAUCCUGUUGUGUGUUUUUUUUUUUUCUACCAAGUUAAGUGCAGGUGAACUGGCAGUGUAAAGGGGGUGAGGAAGAACCGUGGUGGUGAGCAGCAGGGCUCCUUCCUGAGGAAUCCUAAGAAAUGCAUCUCUUCUGCUUGCGAACGGCUGUGAAACUUUUGGCAAGAGCCCUGUAAAGCUUUAACAGCCCCUGCUGUCAGGAGCAGAGGUUUUUUUUUUUUUUUUUUUUUCUUCUCUGUUCUGGCUUGUGUGUUCAGCUGGGCCAAAUAAUCCUCCAGCCUCGGAGUGCAAGCUGCAGCUAAGUGCCGAGGAGCCCCGGAGGAUGCUCCAGCGGCGCCCACCAGCUCCGCGCAUCCCUCCCCAAGCGGUAGGAGGAUGAGCAGCAGGUUAUUGGUGGUACGGCUGGGCCAGCUUAGAUGGUGGAAGGGACAGGUCAGGUUGUCUGCGUGGCCCCUGGAAGGGAGGGGGUCUCCGUGGCCAGUGGGAUGACCCGUGAUUGCCAGGGAAGGGGCUCCCUUGUGGAGGUGGCAGGCUGGCUGGCUGGCUGCAGGGCUCCCAGGGGGUGCUGCAUGCCUCACUUGCUGCUUUUUUUUUUUUUUUUGAUCAUCUCUUCACCCUGCAUCCUGCCUCGCCUCGGUCUCCUGUAACUCUUUCUCCCCAGGGUGAGAGCCUCGGGCUGUGGAGCAGAGGUCCCGGGGUGCUGGGCAAGUCGGCUCUGCCCCGACCCUCUUGCAAAGCCAAGAAGGGGGCAGAGCAGGAGGCAGGGGUUUGCUUUGCUCGGGCUUUAGUUUUUUUUCCCCAUGGGUGCACCCCUGGUUAGUGGCUUUGGGUGGUUAGGGCUGGAAACAGCCUACAGCCUUCUGUCCCUUGUCCCGUUUGGUUUGGUUUGGUUGGAAGCAGAGAGAACCUGGUCAUAACUGGCUGUACGAUGUCGUCGUCUUUGCCCAGCCUCUGUCCCUGUAAGCAGAGGUGCCCACGAGAGGUGGGGGGCUGGCUGGUUUCUUCUUUUUCCUUUUCUUUAAGAACGCACAGCAGAAUCUCCCGUGCCUUCUCCGAGCACUACCUGCAGCACCGCCUGCCACGCGAGGGCCCAGUACUUUGCCAAGAAAUAAGUGUUCCUUAAACGACAACAGCAAAAACCAAGUGUCUUUGUUUCGUUGCCCAGCCCAGCACCGACCCACCCGUCCCUCCCCGGUGCUGGCAAGGGGGGGGGGGGGGGGGGGUGAAGGCUGGGCUCCGUACACUGCCAACAGCAAGGAGAAAUUGCCACCACUGCCCCUCUCAAUUGCAAAUUCAGUGUCGAGACACCAGCCCCUGCCCGCGCAGACAAAAACCCAUCGCUGUCCUCCCCUUCCUCCUGCACGCGAGCCGAAAAAAUGCCUUGGGCAGGACACGGGGGUGCUGCUUGCCUGGGUGUGCACCAGUGGUGUAAGAGAGGGGUGGCCGUGGGGUUUGGGGACAUAGCUCAAAAGAUCGCUUUUUUUCUAUUUUAAAUACUUGCAAAAAAAAGGAAAAAAAAAAAGAUUAAAACAUGAUGUUCUUACAAGCUCACAUAAAUAUUUAUUAAAUACUUGGGGGGCACUGUUUUUUUUUCUUUUGAUAUUUUUUUUAUUACCUCAGACCUGCUUUAAAAAAAAACAAACAACCUUAAACCAAUGAAAAACAACAAAAAGCCAACUUUGGAGGCUCUUAAAGUCGCUCCCAGAAAUCUGUGACUGGUGGGUUGCCGCAAGGGUCUGGUUGUUCAUUAGCUGAUCUGUUUUUGUUGUUCUAGUUUCCAUGUUAGGAGGGGGAAAAUAAUUAUAUAUAAAUAUUAUGCAAAAAAAAAUAUAUAGUUUUCUUUAGAUCAAAACUGAUAUUUUUACGUCAGCCAUAUGUAUUUUGUUUAAAGAAAAAAAUAAAAAAAUAAAAUCUCGAGUCCCGCGUCCGCGACGACGCGUGACGGCAGUUCAGUGACAGGUAAUAAAUUCAGUGUAUCAGCGACCGGAUGCCAGUCAGCUUCCUUUUCUCUGAGCAGCCAUCUUUCUACUAGACGUUAGUUGGACAAGACAAAUGUUUUUUUAUAUAAAUUAUGUUGGUAUGGCUGGUUGCUUAAAGUAUAAACGUUUAUUGUGCAUACAUCUUUUAUGUAAAGUUUUUUUUCUAUUUAGUUUCAGUGAUAUACUGGCAGCAGAUGACUAUUGGGUUAAGUUAUUGAGGACAUUAUAAAAACGGUUUGGGGGAGAUCGGUGCUCUACGUGGAGAGGCAUGGUCGGCAGCAUGAACUUCUGGGGACUCUCUGCAACAUGCCUUGAAAGAGGGGGAGAUUUAUUUUUUAUUUUUUAUUUUUUGCUUUGUUUGAACUGCCACGAGUGUGCACGGGGGAGAGUGCCAUGCCAGACAGGAAUCGAAGUCAUACCCUGUGAUAUGUGUUAACUUGCCUUGGAAUGCUUUGUUAUUAAAACACUCUGAACAUAA